UUUGCGCCAGAGAUCUCGCGAGAACAAAUAUGGAUGCGCCCAUGUAGCUUUGGGUAAAAUCUGUAUGUCUAUCUUAUUUGAAUUGUUCACAGUGAUUACGAAGACGGUGGCCCCUGUAUAUUAAAUCCUGUAAAGUUUAUGUCAUGGCAGACUCAUAUUCUUUGGUAAAAGGUGGCAAACUUAAACUGAAAGGACACAAAAGUCACAAGAAACACAAGAAGGAGAAAAGGAAGAGGAAGCGAGAUGAUGAUUCUGAUGGUGAAGUUGUGAAAGAUGAAGAUGCUGUGAAACAUGGUGGCUGGUGGGAAAUGAAGAACUUUGAGGAAAUUGCUAAGGCAGGAAGCAGUGCUAUUGAAAUGGGAAAUAUGGCUUAUAUGUUAGCUUUAGACAAUGGUUUGUUUACAGUAGGACCAACACGAGAGAUAGGAGAAGGUCCUAAUCCUGAGGAGAUUUUGACAGCCAUUAAGGUUACAGACACCAAGAUUGCCCUGAAGUCUGGCUAUGAUAAGUAUAUCUCAGUGGACUCUGUUGGAAGAGUUGCAGGCAGAUCUGAUGCUAUUGGUUCCAGAGAGCAGUGGGAGCCAAUAUUUCAGGAUGGAAAACUUGCGUUGCUUGGCUGCAAUGACUGCUUUGUAGGAGUUGAUGAAGAAGGAGAUGUAGUUUGUAAGAGCAAAGUUGCUGGGGAGAGUGAAAUUGUCAAGAUGCGCUGUUGCCUGUCUAGAGAAGUUGAUCCAAAAGCCAACAUACCAUUAGAGGAAAGAGGAAAGAUAAAAGAUGCUGAAAUCAACUAUGUGAAGAAAUUCCAAAGUUUUCAAGACCGAAAGUUAAAGAUAUCAAAAGAGGACAUUAAAGUUCUGAAAAAGGCUAAGAAGAGUGGAGAACUCCAUGAAGCAAUGUUAGACAGGAGGGAAAAAAUGAAAGCAGACAGAUACUGCAAAUAAAAAGUUGAGGCCAAAUGUUCUUGCAGUUGACAUGGGAAAACUGCCUGUCAGACCCAUCACAUUGCCUGAAAAGUCUGAGGACCUCCAAGAUUUUUGAUUAUACACGUCCUCUGGACUGGCAAAGUUUAUGUGAAAAUAUAAUAAACCAAAAUAAAUCACAUGUAAACGUAGGCUGAUGGAAAUAAAACACCAUCUCAGAUCAGCACAUAAUUAGGACCUGCAGAUUUCCCCAUGUCUGGUGUCAUGUGGUGAAAAAUCCUUUUAAAAGUUUGGAUUCAGACAAUUAUCUGGACCAAGGAUCACCACCAAAAUCUUAUCACUUUUAAAAGUUAACUCAUUUCUGAUCUAUCCUGAAAAUUUCAUAAAAUUCCAUUUUUAACUUUUUGAGUUGGGCUUGUGACAGAUAUGCAGAUACAGAAGUGAAAACGCAAGCUCCUUGGUAUCACUCAUAGCAAAAAUAACAGUACUAGCACUUGGUUGCAAUAUAGUUUUCAUAUUUUAUUGUAUUUUUGUACAGAUAUCUACAGUAAUAACAAUAAAGAGUUAUGUACAAAUGUUUAACAUUUUACAUUGAUCUCAAGUAAACUAUGGUUACCUGGUUUUGCAGGCAUUACCUUUCACCAAACAAAAGAGAAGCAUACAAUGUUCAAGGUGAUGUAAUGUGUAAAUCUCA